AAGCAACAAAAGUAGAACCAGAGUAAAAAUUAUAAGCAAAUCGCUGGAAAAAUACGCGAAAUUUGUCUGGCUUAAGCUACAGAUAAUUGAUUCAUUUCCUUAAAAACCAACAGUAAGUAAAUAACAUAACCUUAAAUUGCAGAAAAUUUGUGAGAUGAAUAAAAUUCGUGGGUAUUUGUUGAAUGCGGCGAAAAAUAAGAAGAUAGAAAUAACUGAAAGUCUCGUCAACAUUCCGGACGAUAAGAAUUUGAAGUUGUCUCAAGCUAAUAACAAAUUAAUUUUAAUUUUGAAGGAUUCCUCUGAUACCACACUCAAUGGUUAUGCUUUGAUCCCCAAGAAGGAAUACAAAUUGAGCGAUGGCGAUCUCAUUAAAAUUGACGAGAACAUCACGUACUCUGUGUUCUAUGAGCAAGGUAAAAGGAAAUCCUUGGAUAAUCCUCCAGAUCAAGCAAACAAGAAGAUGAAAAUAGCCUCAAUCUUUAAAACUGCAAAAGCUUCACCUGCAAUCAAAACUGCUGCUAAGCAAGGUGAUGGUGUUUGGAAGAAGCUAAGACCUAAUGUGAUUGCAUACAUUCCUGAGAAUAUCAAGGAAACCAGUAAAGUGGCCAGCUUUGAUUUGGAUGGUACUUUAAUUAAAACCAAGUCUGGCAAGAGGUUCCCAGUGGAUGAGAAUGAUUGGGUUUUGCUGUUCCCAAAUAUCACAGAGAAACUGAAAGAAAUCAGUGAGGAUUUCAAGUUGGUCUUGUUCACAAACCAGAGGGGUCUUCACAAUGCAGAUGAUAAAGUGAAUGCAUUCAAAGUUAAGGUUACCAAUAUCUUGGAGAAGUUGGGUUUGACUUUCCUGGUGUUCAUCUCAACUGAUUCUGAUAAGUACAGGAAACCGUCACCUGGCAUGUGGGAUUUGCUCAAGAAUGUAACUGAAGCUGAUGUUGAGGAAUCUUUUUAUGUGGGCGACGCUGCUGGAAGACCCGGAAACAAGAAAUUGAAAAUAAACAAAGAUCAUUCUUUAGCUGAUCGAUUGUUCGCUCAGAACGUUGGGUUGAAAUUUUAUACGCCGGAGGAAUACUUUUUGGAUGCACCGAAAUCCACCUACGAUCCGCCGAAAUUCGAUCCAUCUAAGGUAGAAACGGGCGUUUAUACUAUUGAUCUACCCAAAACUCCAGAGAUGAUUCUGAUGGUUGGAAGCCCCGCAUCAGGAAAGUCGACAUUCUGCAAGAAGGUCCUGAUACCAGCAGGAUACGUUUACGUGAAUAGGGAUACCCUGAAGACCGCACAAGCAUGCUUGAAUGCGGUGAAGAAAGCGUUGCAGGAAAAGAAAUCAGUUGUGGUGGAUAAUACAAAUCCAAGUGAAGAAGCCCGAAAGCAGUUUGUGCUUUGCGCAAAGAACUUCAAAGUGCCUUGCAGGGCUUUCGUGAUGGACGUAAAUACGGAUAUGGCGAGGCACAAUAACAAAUUCCGGCAGUUUACCGAAAACACUCAUCAGCAGGUCAACGAUAUCAUCAUCUAUACUUAUUUCAAAAAUUUCGUACAGCCUGAAAAGAAGGAGGGAAUCGAUGAGAUCAAGAAAAUCGAAUUCAAAUUGGACUUCGAGAAUUCAGAUGUUGGAAAAUACUAUAGAAAGUUUUUCCUAGAAAAGUAAAACUUAAUAAUUCCAACCAUAUAGUUGUUUCAAUUACCUUUAAGUUAUUACAAAAUUGUA